CUGGCCAGGUCAGCCUAGAACGGCUGCCUAAAAGUUCACAUCAAGCCAGUUCAAGCCAGCAACCGCUCCGCGGGGUUCGUGCGGAAUGGCGACGUCGGGGUUCAAGCAGGAUUUGCCUCCUGAAGGGGGCUAUGCCCCCUUCAAUUUUAAACGUGUGCCUGCCAAAGUAUUAAUGUCCGGUUACAGGAUGUUUGGGCUCUAUGCAGUUUUUACUGCUUUCUCAUGGUACAUGUUGAAGAACAGUUUUGUUAGGAAAAAGUUGAUCGAAAUUGAAAGUAACGAUGGACAUAAUGCACUACAGCCUCUCCUGCUUGCUGAGAGAGACAGACUGUACCUGAAGCAGCUGAAGAAGAACCGUGAGGAAGAGCGGGAGCUGAUGAAGGAUGUGCCUGGAUGGGUAGUGGGCACCUACUACGGAGAGCCCCUGUACAAAACAAUCAGUCCCGACACUCACCUCGAUCCUGUCGCUGAGGAGUUCUUCGCGCAUGCAGAGCCCAAGAGAGCCGACGAGAUUUGGCACUACUGGGACACCAACUUCUGAGCUGCUGUGGCUUUUCACCAUUUGCUAGGGGCACUGCCUGUUUAAUUUGUUUGCUUUAGAUAUCCUGUUUGAGUGCUUCCAUUAAAGAGCACAAGAGCCUG